AUGCAUCGAUCGGGUUCAAGCUCAAUCGAAAAAGCUGAUUGGGAAGCUGCUACACAACACAUUCAACGUGCCAAUGGAAUCAAUCCAGAAAUGAUUUGUAGUCAAUUUGCAGAAGCAGUGGUGGCUUUCACUCAGGCUGCUAAUUCAAAAGAUGAAGCUGCUACUAUUCCAUUCUUCAAACUCUUUCCAUUUUUAGGGUCCAAAGCAUCUGAGGCUGGAUUAGCAGCUUACUCAGAUUUUGUACGAACAUUGAUCAGCCUUCCUCGACCAACAGGAACAGGUCCCAACCUAAACCACCCAAUGAUAGACAAGUAUUAUGGUCUUCGAUCGAUGGUCACUGUUAUUACCCAACUUAAUAUGGAACUAGAUCGGAAUGCUAACUGGAUAUUAUCAAAUUGGGAGGAAGAUGGUCAACCUCAACGUGAACGAGAUUACCAAUUACUCAUUUCCAGCACUCAAUCAACUUCUUACUACUGGUACUACGAUUCACAACCCUCUAGCAAGAUUGAUCAUAUCCAACCUCAAUGUUUCUACUCCAACAACUUCAUAUGCAACAUCCUCAAUCAACUUGCCUAUUGGACUUCGAAGUUGAUUGCGAUCUUUUGCGGGAAACGUUCAUUGCACUUAUCUGAGGGCAAUGUCUGGUACCUCAAAUGUAGUUGCUGCUGCUAUUGA